AUGGUGCCCUCAAUUUGUAAGCAGUCAAACAAGACUGGUUUGACUUGUUUCAUGUGGUCUGCUGGGUGCUGUUUACCGCCUUCACUACUUCUGAUGGAAAGCUGGAAGCUUCUGUUGGCUGUCCUGGGCUCAACCCUGCAUGGGCAGGCUUUCAGCUCUUUGCUGGAAACAGGGAUCAGCAUCUGGUGGACCCCAGUAACCUACUCAGAAGUCGAGUUUUUAAAACCAACAUUGCAAUGUGAUUGCUCAGCAUCCUAUAUUGGGUUCCAUGCUGUCUUUCUUUCUACAGGGCGUGAACAGGCCAGCCUAACAGGACAGCGUCUGGCACUUCUUGCAAGUGAAGGGAAUAACUUUAGCUGCAUUAUUAAUUCGUCAUUGACCAGAUUCACAGAAACUGCUGAUAUCAUCAGUAAGAAUUUACCAGAUAUUAAAAUGUGCAGCUCCAGUCUGCUUCACGAAGGACCUCCAACCCAACCAGUUCCUGCGGAAUCCAAGUGGAUACCAGAUCUUUCUUAUUUUAAAGAUGGCCCACGCAUUGAGGCUGCAUUCAGGAAGUACAUCCACCGUGCAGAUCCAGAACAAACAAAAGACAGUUAUGAAAUAAAAGUCUGCCAUGAUAAUGUGAUCCGCUACUUUGUAUGCAGGGCACUAAAACUCCCACCGGAAGCUUGGCUCCGACUGUCUCUCUAUCAUGGUAGUAUUACAAAGCUGGUGAUAAAACCUGAUGGUGAUGUGUCACUGAAGAUGCUUGGUGAUGCUGGCUUUAUGCCCCCGGGGAAACUCACGAGAGCUUAGCUCUGAGCUGGAUGUCCUCCGAGAGACCUCUGUGUUGGACACACAAGUUAC